AUGGUUGACUUACCUUCUCCGAUGGGUGCAUCUUCUAUCACAGGACCGGAUAAUGACCAUCGAAAUAGUGGUAUUGGGUUCAAUAUCGAGUUUGGAAAUAGUAGAAGAAUUAUGGAUCGUAGAAACUCGGCAUCACAGGGGGCAAAUGGAAGCGCUAUUGCCGAUGUUUUUACUAAACAAGGUAGUUCUGGGAGUUUAAAUUCGGGUAUUUUAACGGGUAAUGGAAGUGGGGAUGUUAGUAGUCAUACUAUGGUUGGUUUGGAACAGACUAGCAUUUAUCAGGAUCAAUACCCUAGUGUUAUGAGUGAAACGUCAACCCUUACUGGCGGCAUGAGAUCAGGCUGUGGCACUAGUACAAACGCACAUGCACAGCAUAGUAAUGACAGCUUAGCAAAUUCUAAUGCGUUGACUUCUAAUAUUCAAUUAUGCCAGCGGUUGGAGGAGGUUAGUGCGAGGCUGAUAGUGAUGGAGGAUACAGUAAAUAAGUUGUUGCGGAAGAUAGACCUACAGCAGAACGUUAUUACGUCACUGCGGUAUGAGAACCGGGAAGUGAUGCAGACGAUUAUGCGAGACGUGAAGGAUGUAAAGAGCCAGCUUCCUGUAUUGGAUGAGCAUAUAGUUGCCGCUAAUCCCAUGUCGGGUGGUAACUAUGGGUUGCUGAAGACUACCUCUCGGAGCCAAAAAGAUGUCAGAAAUGACAGUAAUUUAGAGUCAUCUGCUUCUAUGCCCAAUAUUCCGAAACAAACACAGUCUCAGUAUAUACCUCAGAUUGUGGAUAACUAUGCGAUGGACGAUAUGUAUCAGCCAUUUAGUUCUAGGAGUCAAUCAGAGAAAUUCACUUUAGACCUGAAAGAUAUUAAUAAGGACGGUGGAAUUCCUCGUAAACAGCUCUCAGGUAUGAAGACUCAUUCGACUUCUACAUUAGCAUCACAUACAGUGCCCGCUGGUCAAGGUGCUGGAGUGCAUAAGAAUAGAAAGGAUAGAGCUUUCGAUGACAAUUUAUCUCCCUCAAUUCAAAAUUAUUUCAUGGGCCUUCCAAAACUUUCUGAUGAGAAUAUGACGCAGCCGACGGUCUUAUCCCCAGAACUAUCUGACCUUGGUGUUAAGGAACCGCUUGAUGUCGGACGUAAUAGGCGCAGUCAUAACUUAACUUUCCAAAUUGGUCCCAGUGAUAGUAAUAGGGAAGCUAGCAAAUUGAAGUACACUGUGGAAGAAGACGGAUAUCUUGAAGACGAUGAGCAGUUUCGCGUUGACAAUGAGGACGAGGAUGAAGUAGACGAGGCUGCGAGUGCAGCGAAUGUGAAGGCUCUAUCACCGAACACGGUGCAUCAAUUUGCAAAUAGUGGCAGUCAGGUUAGCGUUAGCGGGACGCCAGAAGCAGGCAGGCUUGUUUUGAAGAAUAAUGCAAAACUAGCAGUCAAUGCUAAGAAGCCAAGUAUGCUUCAUAACGUCGCUACGUCUGGUUCAGAUGACGGCCGACCCGAUUUCACGGAAUAUACAAUGAUAAAAGCACCUGAUAGUGUACAAGCUAUAUGGGACGAAUAUACGACGGGUGUUCAUGGUAAACCCUCCAUAAGGUAUCUGGAGCAACGGUAUGGCAAUAAAUGGCGGCUAAACAGAAAUAAGAAGACGUUUGCUAGAAGGAAUCGUAUAUACAAAUUCAUACUAAAUGGUCUUCGGGAAAAGAAAUCUGAGAAGGAAAUGAUAGAUAUAUUAGAAGCACGCAGAAAGUACAAAAAUGAGCAUGGUGAGGUUAAGUGGAGGACAAUAGGUUGGUUACAGCAAAGUCUCUCUGGGAUAUAA